GCACUAACAUAUCAGCAGGAACAUGUCUAAAGUAAGAUGGUCAAUAAUCGCUGAUAUUCUUAUUUCGUGCUGUUAACGCCCUGGGUUGACUAUAAAUAUAAUAAAUUGCGGAUGAGCAAUAUUUAAACUGUUUGAUUUAUCAAUAGUAAAAUUGGCCGGACGUCCUAGAAAGUCAGCGUGUUGGUUAUCCUAUCCGAACGUCCAAUCAAUAUUAUUUAAUUAGUACCGGGAGUAUGUGGAACUCGAGCGGUUGUUUUGUGUCUUUAUCUGUACUGUUUACGCUCUCAGCGCUGAGUGCGAGCCCGUGCUCCGACCUGCAGGCGCAGUGGCAGCUCGCACAUCGAGAUGUUCCAGUGCGAGUAAAAGGCGAAGAGAUGCCGGUGACGGUGUUGGGCGAGGGUGGGGCGCCGCGCGCCGCCGCUGCGCUGCUACUGGUGACGGUGAGAGACAUCCUAGGCUUCUCGGCGCGACUCAAACUGGCUACAGCCGAUCUGUGCAAUCUUACCCAAAUGACUAAUUGGCCAAGUAUAGCCGUCGUGGCGCCGGUAGCUUACAUGCCCAGCUCCGGAUGCAACGCCGAAGCGCACCACGUUGAUUUGGUGACCGCCCUCACUUCGGCAGCUUCUGAUUUUUCUAUACAUUUGCUGGCUCACGUGCCGAUUGAGGAGUGCGAAUAUUUAAUUACCAACUCAGCUUUAACUCUCUCAGGCGUUGCAGUUAUUCUUAAUAAAUGUGGAUUCAUAGAAUCUAAAAACAUCUCAAAACAAAAUACGGAUUGCGAGGAAUGCUUUGCUGUGUUAGCGCGCAAUGAAAGUCAACACGAUAUCGGAGUCGCGGUUGAAUUGCAGCGGUGGAUCACAGACUCAGAGAUACCGCUACAAAUUGUGUACAUCGAAACUGACUUACUUCUGCGUACAAAAAUCUUAGAACUGCAACAUCAAAACAAAUCCUUCCUUUUCCUUGAUGAAGACAUUUGGGAAAGCAAUCCAAAAGUAUUUCGUGUAAAACCUCCAUUAUGUGUUAAAUCUUCUAAUCGCUGCUCUUACGUGCUUGACUCUAGUAUAGCUGUUCGUGUCGGUAAUGGAGGGUUUAUGAAACGAUUUGCACUUCCAAUAUCAAAUUUUGUAAGUCGGUUUGCACCUGAAACUACAGAUCUUUGGGAAAUACUCCAAAAUGAAAUAUACUUACAAAAUAUUUCCAAUAUUGAAGAAGCAGCUUGUUUGUGGGCUUUUCAAAAUAAAAAUAAGAUUGAAAAUUGGACUUUAACUGCAAAUAAUAACCGUCAACUGCCGCUUGUUUAUAGAAUAAAAAUAUUUCUUUGCAAGGACGAUCCAGACUUAGAAGAACACAUAAAUGUUCUAAAGAUAGCAGGGUCUUUACUUAAUAUAAAAGAAGUCCACUACAACUUAACAUUGACAACAUUGGUUGACUGCCUUGAUAGUGAAAAUUUUACAUGGAAAAUCAUUGCACUGGCUCGCGAACAGCAAAUAGCAGGUGCCAUAGCAUGGGGUUGGAUGGUUACUGCUGCGGUGGCAAAUGCCGCUGAAUAUGGCCAACUACCGCUAUUGCUAGCAGGUCCAACCUUAGCGGAAGUAGCAUUAGAUACUAAACUGGUAGUGCACGCAGUCACAGCACCCUUAAUGAAUCUUACCUAUGCUUAUUUAGAAUUGCUUCAACGAUGCAACUGGAUGCGUGUAGCUAUACUGUCUGAUAACACGACUUACUCAAAAAAUUUUAUUAAUAUGCUACUCAACGAAAAAAAAUUACUUAUCCGAGAGGAAAUUAUCGAUUUAAAAAGUGUUCGAGUCGUUUUGGAAAAAUUCCGAACUUUAGAUGCUCGUAUUUUCUUUGUUAAUACAAAUGCAAAUAUUUCUAGUGUUAUUUUAUGUACAGCAUUGGCCCUCGGUAUGACACCAGCUGCUGGUUUUGUUUGGAUAGUGAGAGAUUGGAGAGUGGCAAAAUGCAAUGUUGAAAAUGACUGGGAUGAAAUGUACCACUUUACGUUAGGAUUGACAUGGCGAGGAGGACCUACUGCAGGUGGUUCAAUAGAAAUGCAAAACGAACUUCGUAAACUAUGGCAGACUCACGAAAACAGUCUUACUGGGUCAUCAAAUUCUGCGUCCUUGGCAGAUGCACUCCUGUUUCUUGGUCAAGGAUUUGCUAAUUUUGUUAACGAAUAUCCUUCGCAUAUAUACGAUCUUCACGGUCUCGAUAAUGCGUUGAAUUUUUCAAAAAGUCUGCAAAAAAUAAUAGUAAAUGGAACUGCACAAGAGCUUAAAAGUAAAGCUGGUGAAAAGUUAGUAUUUAUCGAAAAAUGGCACGGAAACACAGGUUCUUCAGUCGCCUUGUGGUAUAUCACUCCCAAAGGUAUAGUUGACGUUUGGCCUAACAACUCUACUACGUGUACUCAAAUUGUUGGGAUACAGCCAAUGGACAGAUACUAUUGUAUAACGUUUACAACAGGGGAUCCGUUCGCACCUCGCUGUCAUCUAUUAACGGUUUGCACUACUAUCGCUAUAUUGACACUUGCAAUCAUAUCGCUCUAUGUUGCUAGACGCGCUCGACUGUCAAGCAUAAGCCGUCGUGAAAAAGAGGAAAGUAAACGAGUCGUAUCUUGGCUGGAUACGUAUUUAGUACAGCGUAAUUCGAUCACACUUUUCCACGUUAUUGGCUCUGGUAGUAAUGGGCAAGUACGAUUUGCUGAAUUAAGGAAACCCGACAAAAUAGUUCUAGUUGCUGCAAAAGAACCGAAGUGUUGCAUUGGACUUUACAAGGAAAAUGAGUUUUUACGUGAAGCAUGCAUCCUCGCGCCAUUGCGCCACGAAAACGUUAUACGCCUUGUCGGUGUUUGUAUAGGUGGAGGACCUCCGAUUGUUUUAAUGGAACAUGCAUAUUAUAACGACUUACAUAGAUAUUUAACGUUCCGUCGACAAUUUGCUAUAAGUGCUCGACGCCAUGAAGUCCCUGCUAAGGAAGCAAUGGAAGUAUCUGAUGGUGAACUUACCCGAUUCGCACGAGAAGCAGCUCGAGCACUCGAAUAUCUUGCACAUAAAAGACUAGUGCACAGGGAUGUGCGUGCUGCAAAUUGUCUCGUGGACAAAAAUCGAUUGCUAAAACUAGCUGAUUUUGGAAUGGCUCGCGAGCUAGAAAGUGAAGCAACUCUAUACAUGACGACUCGUCGUACCUUGUUUCCUGUAUUAUGGAUGCCUCCUGAGAGCCUAAUCAAAGGUGUAUUCUCACCAGCAUCAGAUAUAUGGUCACUUGGUGUAUUAAUAUUGGAGGUGUCUACACUCGGCGCUCGUCCAUAUAGUGACUGGCCACUCGAACAAGUGGUUGCCUAUGUUAAAUCAGGUGGAUAUCCACCACUUCCUCCAGACACAUCAAAACAUACACGAAACUUGUUGUUGGCAUGCUGGCAGCAAGAUGUGAAAGCUCGACCGAGUGCAGCCUUUGUUCAUAAUUUUUUAACACGUAACCCACACGUAAUAUCUCCAGCUCUUCUUACGCCUGAUAUGCCCGAAACUAAUUUACAUUUUAUUAAAAGGGACAGAACUUUCGAAGAAAUCGAAAGGAGCAGACGAAAUACAUCUUGUACUUUUAUCUCGAAAGACUUUUAAAAAUUUAUGAGAGCAAUAUUUUCUAUGUAACCUGUUUAUUUAUUUAUUAAUAGGUACACAAACAGAAUACAAUCAGAACAUAAGUACAUUAAAAUUACGGACUCACACAAUUUUGAGCUAGAUUACAUUCCUAAGCAUGUGUACACGGCAUGCUCUUAACAAUUAUAUUAAUACAGUCAGGUGUUUUUUUUUUUAUAUAAUAAU